AUGAUCAUUUUGAUCACGCGCAGCACUAUAGUGUCGCGAAUUCUUGGCAAUGCUCCUGCGUAUUGUUUGGAAAGCUUGAAUGAUGAAAAUUGUUGGGAAUUGAUGAAGCAAAAGGCGUAUAGAACUCUGGACAACGACUUAGAAAGAAUCGGGAGGAUGAUCGCAACAAAAUAUCGAGGGUUGCCUUUAGCAGCCAAGACCCUUGGGAGCGUGCUGUAUUUGAAGGAUGAUCCAGUAGAAUGGAGAUCUAUUUUAGAAAGUGAAAUAUGGGACUUGCCGCAAGAUAAAAUGACAUUUUCACAGCUUUAA